AUGACCAGUCGCUUCGUGUCCGGGGGAACGAUAGCGGCGGCAGCGGCGGCGGCGUCGGGAGCCAAGAAGAACCCGGAGUGGGAGGCCGUCCAGCAGGAACUCGAGGCCGAGCGCAAGCGCCGCGAAGAGGCUCGGCUCAAGGCUGCCACUGGGGGGGAGCAGUCUCUUUACGACAUUCUGCAAGCUAACAAGGCGGCCAAGCAGGCGGCCUUUGAGGAAAAGAACAAACUCAAGAACCAGUUCCGGGCGCUCGACGACGACGAGGCCGGGUUUCUGGACGAGGUCAGGGAGCGCAUGCGGCGCGACGAGGAGAGGGUGAGGCGGGAGACGGAGGAGGGGCUGCGGGCGUUUCGGCAGCGGCAGCGGGGUGGCGACGAGGAGGGCGAGGGCGGCGAUGGGCGGCCGCCGCUGCAGCGGGCGGGAACCGAGGGCGUCGAGGUGGACGAGGAGGCGGGGGAGUGGGGAGUGGGGAGGAAGAGGAAGAGGAGUGCGCGGGAGAGGGAUAUCAGGGGGUUGAGGCGCAGGGUCAGUGCCGGCGGCGAUGAGGGCCCGGGAGAGCGGACAAGGGGCGGUCCGGCCGAGGGGGGUUCGCCGCCGGCGGGGAAUGGCCCCGUCAAGGGCGGCGGGACGGCUGGCGAGCGGGCCAAGGAGAAGAAGGCGCUGUCGGCGUUGGUCGACUAUGGCUCCGACGAGAGUGAUUGA